CUCACUUGCACUGCAUCUUAACGGGCGAAAGUUUGCCCAACAGGAAAAGAUGGCUCUGCAGAUGAAGCAGUCCCCCUCUAUGGGCGUCCGGCGGGCGUCCCAGCCGGUGCUCCCGCCUCGCCCAAUUGUCCAUCGCGGCGUCGGAUCUGUGUCUCGGCGACCGGCUGUGGUCGUCAAGGCGAGCCUGCUGGACGCUGCCUCCGCAGCCAGCGCUGUGGAUGCUGUGCACCACGCAACUCAGCUUUACACACUGGCCGAGGGCGGUCCCAUCGACGUGCUGGCGCAGUUCUUCGAGUUCGUUCUGCAGACUCUGGACGAGGGCCUGGAGUCGGCUAAGAUCCCCUACUCCUACGGCUUCGCCAUCAUCGCUCUGACUGUGCUGGUGAAGGUGGCCACCUUCCCCCUGACUCAGAAGCAGGUGGAGUCGACGCUGUCGCUGCAGGCGCUGCAGCCGCGCGUGAAGGAGCUGCAGGCCAAGUACGCGGACGACCCGGAGAACCUGCAGCUGGAGACGGCGCGCCUGUACAAGGAGGCGGGCGUCAACCCCCUGGCCGGCUGCUUCCCCACUCUGGCCACCAUCCCCGUCUUCAUCGGCCUCUACAACGCGCUGAGCAAUGCCGCCAAGGAAGGCCUGCUGACGGAGGGCUUCUUCUGGAUCCCGUCGCUGGGCGGCCCAACCACCAUUGGUGGUGGCCUGGAGUGGCUGGUGCCGUUUGAGAACGGCGCCCCGCCGGUGGGCUGGGCCAAUGCGGCGGCCUACCUGGUGAUGCCGGUGCUGCUGGUGGCGAGCCAGUACGCCAGCCAGAAAAUCAUCAGCAGCCAGAACAACCAGGACCCCAGCCAGCAGCAGGCGCAGGCCAUCCUGAAGUUCCUGCCCCUAAUGAUUGGCUGGUUCUCCCUCAACGUGCCCAGCGGCCUGACGCUGUACUGGUUUGUGAACAACCUGCUGUCCACCGGCCAGCAGCUGUACCUCAAGGCCACCGUCAAGGUGAACAUCCCCGAGGCGAUUAAGGCGCCCGCCACCGCCGGCAGCUCCACGCCCAUUGUGAAGCCCAAGGAGGAGCGCGUCAAGAAGGUGACCGGCAAGGAGCUGGGUUCGCGCAAGAAGCGGCGCAACGACGACGGCGAGGAGGUGGAGGACGUGGAGGUGGAGGUGGUGUCCUCCGGCUCUUCCUCCUCGUCCGGCAGCAACGGCGCCUCGGGGCGCAAGGGCGAGAAGUUCCGUGCGCUCAAGGCGCGUGAGGCGGCUGCCAAGGCGGCAUCCACGGUCAGCGCCGGCGCGGGCGGCUCCGAGGAGGGCAAGGAUAACUCCGCAUAAAGCAGCAGGGUGCUUGGGUGCUGCUUUUCCUGUUUGUGGUGCGGGGAAAGGUGCAGCUGCUGGGAUGGUUUCGGGUGAGGGGCUUGCGGCUUCAGGUGGCGCUGCGUGAGCGCUUGCAAGCUUGGGAUAGCGAGCCCGCAGGGUUGGGAACAGGGGUCGGGGCAAAUUACAGCAGAAGCGUCGCCUGCGCGUGGUUCCAGUGUUGUUGGCCUUAGGUCGCGCGUACGCGUGUUGUCGUUACACGUAUCUGUAUGUGUGUGUUGUGUCCUAGUGCAAUUUGUGGCCGUGUGCCGAUGCGCGGCCUCGGGUGCCGUGCGAAGGUGCAAGGUGCUACGACCAUCGGGAUUAACAAGCGACUGACAAAGGGAACAGCGGGGAGGAACUCUGUAGAGCGAUGUGGCGUCAUACAAGGCAGGUUUUUGUUGUAGCUGCUGCUGUGGACACGCGCGCUGGGGGUCUAGUGGAAAGCUAGAUUGGUUGUACGGGUUCAUUCGCAUCGAAUUGAAUUUCUGAGGGCGAGAGAGCUGCACGCCAUUUCAUGAGGGGCGUUUGGAGGGGCUGCCUAGGUGGCACGCCAUGGUACGUGACUUGCCGAGCGCGCUGCAAGCCUUAUGCAAAAGUGGCUACGUAUAUGUUUAACAUACAUGAAACUUGA